ACACCGAAUCGCACAGAAUGAGGAACUUGUAAAGUAGCUGCAGUCGCAGUGUUUCGAGAUUGCUGGGUGUCGUUAGUCUGGAAACUCGCACGGUACAUUCAUCUUAGUCUACAUGUCCUUUUGAGAGACAUUAACAGUGUUUAAUAGUUGAGUGUUUUACACUCAUAGCGACUGGUGAUCCAACUGGGGUAUCUUCUGUAGAAAUAUUGAUGAGCCACAAGGCGUAUUUGCAUGAUUUUACAGUGAAGUAUCUCUAAAGAAAAGCUACAUAACAGCGAUAUUCAUCGUUAGCUUCGUGCUCCACCAUUUUGACACCAAGUUUGUAACGAUGCAGCCAAACCAAGUGACAGCAAUGGCGUUGAUCUCUGGCAUCAUCUUUCUUACGUUCAUCUCAAUGGUUGAGCUUAAUGAAUGUGAAGAUAAAGGACAAUACAGAGCGGCGAACGGGCUUUGCUGCCACCUCUGUCCUCCAGGAAGCAAGUGGCUUUAUGACUGCUUUCACAAUGGCGACCAAUCUUUAUGCACACCUUGCAUGCCAGGGAAGGACUACAUGGACGAUGCAAACCGUGAUCCUCAAUGCAAAAAGUGCAGCACCUGCAAUAUUCUCUAUGAAGAUGUUCAACAGGACUGUACUGUCACGAGUGACACUGUGUGUCAGUUGAAGGAUGGAUACAGUUGGCCUCAUCCUUCACAGCCUUGUGGAGUUACGUCAAACACAGAAAAAAACAUUACAAUUCUUGCUGGAAUUGUGACCUUCAUUCUUCUGGUGGCGGUGGUGGCCUUAUUGAUUUGUCGGAAGAAGAAAUGCUCAUACCCCUUUGAUUAUUCUGGCAAAGUGACGGAGACUGUGCCCCUUCUUCGUGUGGAAGUGCUCAAGGCUGUCCUUGAGGAGCCACGAAUGUUCAUCGAGAAGAGAAUGAAGUCUAGUAAUGCUGAAGUUUGGCGGCAGUUCCAUGAGUUGCUGCCAGAAGUGUAUAAAUCCAUCUUUGAAAACACCUUCUAUUUCUUGUACGAGAUGGAUAAAAAAUACAAGAUUAAUAUACACGUGUACUGGGGGGUUUAUGAAAUUACUGACAUCUCAGCACGUGCAAUUUUUAUACUCAAUUACUUUAUUCUUGAGGGUGAGGAGAAGUGUCAAGGGCUCCUGGAGAUGAUCCUUGCAGGACAGAAUAAGCAAACGCAGCUGCAGACCCUGCUUGACUCUGCCGUAAAAUGCUCUCCAACUCUUAAUCCAAACACUGCACAUGAAGAACUUAACAUCUCAGAUGAUGGGAAGACAGCAGAAUGGCUCAAGAGCCCUCCAGAAAAACCCGAUCACCCAGAUCGGUUCAAAUACUGGUCACAGGUGCUGUCUGCUGAGAGUUUCUCUGAAGGAUGCCACUUCUGGGUGGUGAAUGUGGGGGACGUGGACAACCUUCGUGUUGGUGUCUCUUACCAGAGUAUUCUACGUAAAGAACCAGACAGUGCAUGCCUGGUUGGAUUUAACAGCAGGUCCUGGUGUUUAUGGAAACACAAGAACAAAUACAAGGCCUGGCACGACCAGCAUAGCACGGAGCUGGAAGUGGGUGAACAUCCUCGCAGAAUCGGUGUUGGCUUGGACUAUGAUAAACGGGUUCUGUUAUUUUACAAUGCUGACAACAAUAAGCAUCUACACACAUUUUAUGCUCACUUUUCUGAACCCCUGCAUGUUGCCCUAUGGGUGUGGUCUGGGGUCCUCACUAUUGAGCCUGUUAACAACGAUUAAAUUGGACAUAGGUUUCAUAAUUUAUCCGUGGAGAAUUAUAAACAGGAUCAAAUUGCCAUGCAGCUCCUCUUAGUUAUUUUACACGGAUAUCACAGGUAAUAUUGUUUUCUCUACCACAUGCACUCAUAACCUUUAUAUCUAAAGAAUUAAAGGUAAGAAAAGAUGUUACAUAAAAUAUACUUCUCCAAACGUAGUCAUUCCGUCUUCAGAUGUUUCAACAUCCAAAUAUUUUUUUUCAAAUUAUCUGAUUAUCAAAGACACCCAUGUAACCAUAAUGGACAAGCUGAGCCUUGCCAGCCAGUUAAAUUUGCAUUAUAGGAAGGGGUACUAUUUGCAAUUUCCGAAUGGCACAAUGUUCUCUUGCUUUGGGCUGUAAUUGGUCUGCAGCACAGUCCAUGGCUUUCCACAUAUAUGUGGAUAUCACAGAUAAUAUAAAAGUUUUCACCCAUCUGCUGGUCCACCCACCCUCUUAUAAUCAUCAAAAUUGCAGAUAAUAGAAACUGCCAAUUUGAAGGCAGGAAUGACAAAUAUGUCUAACUGCAUAGAUAAGACAGUUCCAAAUAACAAUAGUUGUACUGUAUUUCCAAAUUGUGCAUAUCAGUUGCACUGCACACCCACACAUCAGUGCCAUGGUGCCACUCUACACAACAUCGUUUCUGGCCCGAUUAACUUCCUGUGGAUCCCUUUCUCAUUUGCUGCGAAAAGGUACAAUUUCCACAUUUUCCGUUGCAGAUGAACUCAGCAUAAUUUUCUGCAUUGUGUCGUGUACGUUUACACUGCAUGCAUACUUGAUUGGUGCAAAGUUAUAUUAAUGAGUCUGAGCCUUUGGUCUUGAAAGCAGCCCUGAAAAUUGCUGGCUCGUUGGUCAACUGUGAAGGUAUCCAUUCUCGAUCAGCAAUUGUUAUUGUAUAUAAAAUAUCUUACUUUUAUAUGGGAAUUAAGCAAUAUGUGUUACCAGUUUGUGAUUAUUAUUCAUAUAUUUGAAACACGAUAUAUGGGAUAGUAACCCCCAGAAAUAAUAUCUCAGUCUCUGAAACCUGACAUCAGGCAAAUAACGUGAUACAGCCUUUGACCAUGAAUUAGUAGCAGUGACAGCAAGCACUAUGACCACUUGCUGACCCUGUCAGUUCCAUGGAUGGCUGGAGUGAAGUUGCCUUCACUACUGUAUAGCUGUUUAUUUUGUGAAUUAGUAUUAGAUAUGUAAUUAUAAAUGUAACGGGUCCAACCCAUUGUGCUGUACGAAUGAAUUGUGGUACAAGGGGCCGCUGAGUUAAGGGAUGAACAGAGAGAACGCGAUAGAGGGCGCAUUGGCGUCGGCAGAAGUGGACUCGGGUGCAUAAUCUUUACGAGAGUUACAAAUGUUUUCCAUUACGGUUAGAAGCAUAGAGCUAAUACUUUUGUUGUAUCCACCUUUCAGGGGUGGAUAAAAAUGUAAUGAUUCUUUCAACGUGAAUUACCUAAUGAAGAUAAUAUUUUAAUUUAUAAAUAUAGAAACCGCUGCAACACAGUCUUAUUUGUGCCUCGGGGAAGUCUUAGGGCGGCUGUUAAUGCGAUUAACUUCGCAUUUUAGCCACGCCGUUUGAAACCCAUUCAAGGCGGUGAAAAAGGCGCCCAUGGUUGUAAUUACUAUGUCACAACGUUAGGGUGCACUAUGCAAAUAGCAGGUCACGGCUUUUGGCAGUGUCAAAGGGGUUGUGGAGUGUGGACUUCAGGGUCAUUGGGACAACAUUUGAGUGCUUUGUUGUUUUGUUUCGUAUUGCUAAUAAAUGCCUACCGUUGGUAGGAAUUUAUUAGCAAUACUUUCAUGGGAAGGCCAAUAACAUGAUGAGGAUUUUCUUAAUUAGAACACCAGCUUUUCAGAGGUCACUCACAACAGCCCCACCUAAUGGAAAUGUCACGACCCGCCACUGCUAUAAGUCAUCCACAGCACACAUCCAGAGAGCUCUGUCCUCGAUAAUAUAUUUACGACUACACGACUAUCAUAUCAAUUUACAAUGUAAGUUAAUAGAAAAUACCUGAACGUAAUAUUGAGGGUUUAAUAUAUCAUAAUUCUGCAAUAUUCUGUAUACGCAAAUUGAUGGAUUGAUGGUUGCCAUAAAUAAACACUGGCUCAUAAAUCUGCGUGUCUGUGUCAUAUUCUCAUGUUGGCACAACCACUGCUAUAAACUCGUUCAUACUGCAGUGUGUCUCCCUGUAGCUAUCACCCUGGCUAAGUGAUUCCCGUUUUCCACACUUUCUUGCAAUACCUUGAUAUGGGGUUAUAUUUCUGAUGUCAUUCAUAUCUGCAAUAGUGGUUAACGGACUUCGCGUGCCUUGAUGCUUCCGAUUUAACGCAUAUUUCCUGCCAGUGUUACGUGAAUGGUGC